GCUGCUGUGGGCUCUAGCAGCCAAACAGCUCCCGGGCAAAGAAGACAUAAAUCAUCCAUCCAUCCAUCCAUCCAUCCAUUGACACGAGCAACAAGACCUCAUAGAGAAUCAUGCAUCUGUCCUGUUUCCUCCUCCUCAUCCUAAACCUGCAGCUGUUCAGCACAUACCCCAUCAGCACAGGCCUCACCGACACUGACAUAGACAUCUUAAAGGUGCUCCUUCACAGAUUGGAGGAGUCAGUUCCUAAUCUGGAUCAGAGCGUCCCUGCAAGGAGGGACAGUCUGGACAUUCUGAACAUGGAAGAGGCAGCAGAUGAACAGCAGCCUCAAACAAGACUGGAUGAAGAAGCGAUCAGGGAGUUUUUCUCAGCGAAGAAUCUAAAGAACGUCCGCAACAACUCUUUCAGGAACUCCUCAGGGUGCUUCGGUCGACGGAUGGACAGAAUAGGCUCCAUGAGCUCCCUGGGGUGCAACACUGUCGGCAAUCCAAAGUGAAGAUGAAGUUCAUCAGAAUUCUGGAACGGCAACAUCUC